AUGACGAUUGGAUCGGGGGGAUCUUCUGUCGUUGGUAUUGUUUUAAUUCUCCCUCCCAUCCACCUUUCCUCUUGCCUCCAGAUGAUCUGAAGCUGGCUUGUGAUUUAUGUCUUAUUUGGUAUCUGUCCGUGUGGAUCGCGUGUUUUGCGCUUAGUAUGAUGGAAAUCACUCUUCAUCUUUCGCCCUGUGCUGUCCUAUGCGGGCUUACCUCAUGGGGAUCGAUUUCCUUUUUGGAGGUCUGUCGGCUGCCUAAAUUUCUUCUCGUGUAUCCGGUUCCUACGUCUUACGGGCGGAUAAUCCGUCGAUUGGUUUUCUGUGUUAUUUGAAAUGCUUUCUUUAGAUCCCAGAUCGCUCCUUGAAAGGUUUAUGAGGCACCACUAAGUGCCUCAGAGGACCCAGGCGCUGAGCUAUUUCCGUCUCAUAAAUAUUUCUGUGCCAAUUCCUACCAGGUCGGAUUCGAUUCAUUGGAUGAUUUUUGCGAAGAAUUUUUUCCUAGAACAUGUAUUCCACUGCUUUAUUAUUAUUUAUUACAGAUCAUUAUGAUUAUACGAAUGUGAUUCAUUAGCAAAGUUAUAUGUGUAAAGUUGUUUUCAUGUAACGUCUUUUACUGUAUAAUUCGUAGAUGUUCAUCGCUUAAAAUUAGUGAAAAAUUGCAUUAUGCUUUUGUAGAAAAGCAAGAAAAGUGAAGACGAAAGGAGACUACUGAGACAGGCUUUUGCUUAUCGUUUUUCAUCUUUAAUUUCUAGAUUUUCUGCAUGUGUACAACAGUCACGCUUCAUUCCACUGAGUCAAUGGAGAGGUGUGCUUCCUUGUCUUGUAGAUGUAUCAACAUUUAUCCAAAUAACAAAAGUUAAAAAAAAUAAUGAAAUGAGGACGAUGAUGAUCUCUUCUAGGCAUAUGGAGUUUAAUGAAAAUCGUGUGUGACUAUCCUCACGAAAAAAAUUUAGUCCUCAAUGGACAUGUCUUUUCCUUUGAAAGAGAUUAAAACUGCAGACUAACUCUAAAUACUUCUACGUAAGCUAAGUUUCUUGAAAUUCUCCUUCCUUAGAGCAUGCCUUGUGUCGAAGUACAUGUUAUUGAAGACCUAAUGGUCGAUACCUUGACUCAUAUUUGGUAUCAUUGCCGAUGAUGGAAAGGGUGUGAAUGAAUCAAUGGAGAAGGAAAGAGAAAUAGUCUGGUACUGGAUAAAAAUAUGGCUUUUUUUCCACCAUCAUAGCUAUAAGACCCUCCAAAAAUUUUAAAAUUAUGCACUUUUCUUUCUUGGCUUCACUAUUCAUUUGGCUAUGCUCGAAAAAAAUAGUUGACCGGAAUGUUGUUUAAUUGUUUAAUUAAAUAAUUUAGAUCAUCUGUUAUCCUUUUUUUAGAGGCUAAACGGGGGUGGCCGUCUUUUUUCCCAUAUUCAUUUGUUUAACUAUUGUUUUUUGCUUAGUAUUGAAGAGUUGUCCUUGUAUUUGUAUAUCUGCAGUUUACAAGUCUUGUUAUCUUACUGUUCAUAUCUUUUUCCUUAAUAGUUCCAAGAAACUUUAGAUUGCUGGAGGAACUAGAGCAUGGCGAAAAAGGCAUUGGAGAUGGUACAGUGAGCUAUGGAAUGGAUGACGGAGAUGACAUUUACAUGCGAUCUUGGACGGGCACCAUUAUUGGUCCUCACAAUGUACGUCUAAAAAUAUUGAUUGAUCUCAAGGCACUUGAGAGAAUCUAAGAUUAGCACUUUUACUGCUUCACCUGCGUUAAUGUUGCCUCACUUUUUCAUUCGAGAGCAAAGUUUUCAAAACAAGCUUGACAAGUCCUCUGGCUCUUUCUUUUCGCUUUUGGUUCCAAAUCUUAGUCGAUUUUCUUUAUCACAAUGAUGUGACCGUGAAGCAGUUUCCUUUCUAUUCUAAUAUCAUUUAGCUUUUGGUGUCUUAUAUGAACUAGAAGCUUCCCCAGUUGAAGUAAUACCUAUUUUGUUUUGACUGCUUCAUGCACCUGGUGCAGUCUGUCCACGAGGGGCGUAUUUAUCAACUGAAACUGUUCUGCGAUAAGGAUUAUCCUGAGAAGCCACCAAGUGUUCGUUUUCACUCACGGAUCAACAUGACUUGCGUGAACCAUGAAACUGGAGUGGUAACUCUUCAGCCCUGUGUUCAUUUCUUUCAAUGUUCUUCAUUCAAUGGUAAUCAACAUAUUUAGACUAUCGAGAAGAUUCCUAUACUGUUUAUUAUAAAACGAGGACCCAUUGAAUUCAUAUCCAAUUGGUUCUGAGUUGGAUGACCUCAUUAUUCUAUCAUGGAAUUUUAUCAAAGAUUAACCGAUGAUUGUGUAUUUUGGGAGUCUGCGACACAUUCAAAUGAAAGGAGAAGUAAAGAAAGUGCACUGUGCAAUAUGCGUGCAUGCUUUGAAACCAAAGAACGGGCGCAUUAAUCUCUUUUAUUUCCUUCCCCUUUUUACUACUUCUCUUGAAAAUUCCAAUUGCCCAUCCUAUUGUAUUGAUUUGGAGCACACUUGGUCCUAACUUUAAAAAUGAACCCGAAGUUUUUAAUGCUUUAUAUUUAGUGAAUAAAGAAAGGAUAUAUUUAGAAAGGCAAACUCUUUGCAUUUCUUGUCAAGUUCUCGUGGAAAAUCUAUCUACGCAUGCUGCUACAUUGAUUUAUCGCUUUCAAAUCACUCGUGGUCUUGACUUUUAGGAUUAACAUGCAGUUGUUAAGUGAAAAGACAAAACUGGAGGUUUUGGAAAGCAAAUCUCUAUUGAUCCCUACUGACGCAGUUUGCUGGUGAAAAAGUUCGUGUAUUAUUUUGAAAACUGUAUUGAUUUUGGAGUACUCGUAAUCCUUUUUUCUUUUUAAAACAAAAUUGAAGUUAUUGAUACCUAAAAAUGCUGCCUGCGUUUGAAUGGACAAUGAAUCUGAAGAAUACAUAUUCCACACAUAAUUUUAUUUUAUUUUGAGGCAUCAGUGAUCUCCGUGGUUCAUAUCAUGGGAUCUGCUUUCUUUUCUUUUCUUUUCUUUUCAUGGUAAGAAUCCGCAGGGAAGCUAAAUUAGAACUUUGGUUCAUAGGGAAUUGUAAUUCUUUUCUCUUUUCCUCCCAGAAGACGAGAUGCGUAUGAGACAGUAACUAGAUUGCCCGGUAUCUAUAUAAUAUCCGACCGCAAAUAGCAAUGAAAAUAGUGGAAAGAUUGGAUGAAAUGGCUCAAUCCCUCUGUGUUUGUGUGUGUGUGUGUGUGUGUGCUUCUCUCAUCCAGAAAGACUGAUGAAAGAUUACUUUUGUCUUGAUCUAAGUUGUCUGAUCAUGUCCUGGGAUUCAUCUUCUCCCACCGCACUCAUUUCAGCUGAAAUUCUUACACUAUAUAUAGCUCAUGAUCUUGUCUCUGCUAUGAUCUGAGAUCAAUCAAACCAUCUGUCUCUCUUUAAAAAAAGAAAAAAAAAGAAAAAAAAGAGAUGGAUUUUGAAGAGGAGAUGGAUGUGAUGUGGAGGCGGUGGUGAUUAAUUAACUGGUUUUGGUGAAGAAAUCUCUGGGCAGACGAGCUCAGCUGCAGCCGAGAUUACUAUUUCCGUGUUCUUAAGAGCUUCCUGCGAACUGAUCAGGUGGAAUCGAGGAAGUUUGCGAUGCUGGCGAACUGGCUGAGGGACUACACGAUGGCCGAUAUUCUGACCCAGCUGAGAAGGGAGAUGGCGGCGCCCCAUAACCGGAAGCUCGUCCAGCCUCCAGAAGGCACAUACUUCUAG